CACGACUUCACAUCCCUAUCAAAGGACACAGUUUACACAUAUAUCAAAUUCUAAUCCUCCGUGUUGACUAAUCUGGCGCUUUGGCGACAUGCUUGCAAACAUAAUGUUCAACCCUACAGCCUGGUGAAUGCGACUACCAUCCAGUCCUUCGUCUCUGAGUCUGACAGUCAACCGGAUUUACGUUGGAAGUUUCCAAUCGUCAUGGAAGGCUCCUGAAGUUGGGUGAUACGAUAUGGGCUGUGAACGAUAUGGACAUAUCUGUGAUUCUUCGACAAGUGAAUCAGCACUAUAUCUUGGUCGCGCUGUGCUAUCUCCAUAGAGCAGCAUUGAACCGUGCCUGUCAUGCAUGCGGGUCAGUGUUUGAACCGUGGCCUGUGAGAGCCGCCAUCAUUGAUAUCGGGCGACAUUUUACUGCUUGAUGAGGGCAAACUCAUGCUUAUAUCGUAAGUGUUACAUCUAUCGUCAGAGAGUUAAACCGGGCAUAGAGAGCGGC